AUGCUUCGUCAGCUCUGCAGCAUCCUGACCGCCUCCACCCUGCUGGUGGGUAUCGUCUCUGCACAGCAGGCCCCGACUCUCCCCAGCUGUGCCACCAGCUGCCCGUCCGUCGAACAAAUAGGCAUUUGUAACACCAGUUCUUUCCUCGAUGGCAUCGCCUGCUGCGUCUUCAAGGCCUGUGAUCCCGCAGAUCAAACGGCUGCCCUAGACUACGCGCACAGCAUUUGUGACCCCGUCGGUGCUUCUUCGCUUUUGCCCGCGUCGGCAACCUGCACGUCGACCUCGAGCAGCAGCGCAACCUCGUCGGCUGCUGGAUCUGGCUCUGGCUCCGGUAGCGGAUCGACCACCACCACCAUCAACUCCAGCGUGGCCUCCUCCGCCUCGGUCGCCGCCUCCAGUGCCAGCGCCAGCAUUUCCUCCGCGCUCAGCAGCGCUUCUGAGUCCGCCAAGUCCGCUGCCUCCAGCGCCAGUGCGUCCCUCUCGUCCGCAACAGGCAGUGUUAGCCAAGUUGCCUCGUCGACGUCGGCGUCGGCGAGCCCCACGGGUGCCGGCAAUCAGUUGGCGAUCGGGCUUGGUGCUGUCGGGGCUGGCAUGUUGGGUCUGGCGGCCGUGUUGUAG